CCUGGCACUAUGGCUAUAAGUCUAUAAAUAUCACCAUUCACUCACACUUAGCGGACAACACUCGUAUAUACACUAGUGACUAGUCUUUUUUCUUUAACCACUUGUUGAUUUAUCCACCAACAAAUUAAAAUGACUCACCUGAAGGAAUUCUUGGCCACAAAAUUUGAAUCCACUACCAAACACAUUUCCAUCUCCAAGAAAAAGAAGAAGCUGAUCUUGGCUCUUUUUGCCACUCUGUUGGUUGUUGCUGCAAUUAUUGGCAUUGUCGCCGGAGUUACCAAGUCCCAUAACAACAGCUCCCAUAAUGAGAUCUCAGCUGCUGCCCAUGCCAUACUCAAAAACUCAUGUAGCAGCACAUUGUACCCUGAUUUAUGUUACUCAGCUAUUGCCACUGUUCCUGGAGCCACCGCUCAAUUGGCCAGCAAAAAGGAUGUCAUAGAAAAGUCCUUGAACCUCACAACCCAAGCUGUCGAACAAAACUUCAAAGCCAUUAAAAAGCUCAUAAAAACAAAGCAUCUCACCAAGCGUGAAAAGGUUGCUCUCAAUGAUUGCCUUGAGACCAUUGAUGAAACCUUAGAUGAGCUUCACGAUGCUGUGAAAGAUCUCCACUUGUACCCAACAAAGAAAUCUUUGUCCCAACAUGCUGAUGACCUCAAAACCUUAAUAAGCUCAGCAAUUACCAACCAAGAAACUUGCCUAGACGGCUUCUCUCACGAUGGUGCUGAUAAACACGUCCGCCAGGCCUUGCUAGCUGGGCAGAUGCAUGUGGAGCAUAUGUGUAGUAAUGCGUUGGCCAUGAUCAAGAACAUGACUGAUACUGAUAUAGCCAUUCAGAGAAUGAAAAUGCAGAAUCGGAAACUGAAGGAGGAGGAUGAUAGUGUGGAUGAAAGUAUUAAGUGGCCAGAGUGGUUGUCAGCUGGGGAUAGGAGGCUUUUGCAAUCUUCUUCUUUGAUACCGAAUGUGGUGGUUGCUGCUGAUGGCAGUGGUGACUACAAGACUGUGUCGGAAGCAGUGGCUGCUGCACCAGAUAAAGGUGAAACAAGAUACAUAAUCAAGAUCAAAGCUGGUGUGUAUAGGGAAAAUGUGGAGGUGACAAAGAAGAAGAAGUUCAUCAUGUUUUUGGGAGAUGGGAGAUCUAACACCAUCAUUACGGGUAAUAAGAAUGUAGUUGAUGGAAGCACCACCUUCAAAUCUGCCACAGUGGCCGCGGUUGGAGAACGAUUUCUAGCUCGGGACUUAACCUUUGAAAACACAGCAGGUUCCUCAAAGCACCAAGCUGUAGCUCUCCGUGUAGGUUCUGACCUUUCAGCAUUUUACCAAUGUGACAUACUUGCACACCAAGACACCCUUUACGUACACUCCAACCGUCAAUUUUACGUGAACUGCCUAAUAGCAGGUACUGUUGAUUUCAUCUUUGGCAAUGCUGCAGCUGUGUUCCAAGAUUGUGACAUCCAUGCAAGACGUCCAAAUGCAGGCCAAAAGAACAUGGUCACAGCCCAAGGUCGAAUUGACCCAAAUCAAAACACUGGAAUUGUAAUCCAAAAAUGCAGGAUUGGAUCCACAAAUGAUUUGAAAUCAGUACAAAGUAGCUUCCCAACAUAUCUUGGUAGACCAUGGAAAGCACACUCUAGGACUGUUAUCAUGCAAACAUCUAUAAGUGAUGUGAUUCACCCUGAGGGAUGGCACAUUUGGGAUGGGGAGUUUGCACUCGAAACUUUGUUUUAUGGGGAGUAUCUCAACACUGGGGAUGGUGCUGGAACCUCUAGCAGGGUGAAUUGGGGUGGUUUCAAAGUGAUUGAUAAUGCUUCCGAUGCUCAAUCUUUCACUGCUGGGAACUUCAUUGCUGGAAGUAGUUGGUUAGGUUCAACUGGUUUUCCAUUCUCUCUUGGCUUAUAAAUCUUCCACAUACUAGUUAAGACUUGAGCUAGAGUCUAGUGCGGCAUUGCUCACUUGGAAAUGAAGUUGAUUAAUAAGAGUUUUUUAAAUGAAUAUUAUUGUCAUCUUCAGCACAAAGAAUUGGGGAGUUUUCAUAGAGAAAGUGAAUCUCUAAACUUCAACGCAA